CAUAUCAUCCUUAUCGGGUCGGGUCGAAAAUGGAUACAUACUGUUCGGACUGCAAGCGGAACACAGAGGUUGUAUUCGACCACGCGGCAGGUGAUACGGUAUGUUCGGAGUGUGGGUUAGUGUUGGAAUCGCGGUCAAUUGAUGAGACAUCUGAGUGGCGUACAUUUGCUGAUGAAUCGGGUGGUGAUGACCCGAAUCGUGUUGGGGGACCCGUUAACCCGUUAUUAGCAGAUGCGGGUCUAAGUACUGUGAUAUCAAAAGGACCAAAUGGGAGUAAUGGUGAUGGUUCUUUAGCUAGGUUGCAGAAUCGGGGUGGUGAUCCUGAUAGAGCUAUUGUUUUGGCCUUUAAAGCUAUUGCUACCAUGGCUGAUAGGUUGAGCCUUGUUUCUACUAUAAGGGAUCGAGCAAGUGAGAUAUAUAAAAGGCUGGAAGACCAGAAGUGUACAAGAGGCAGGAGUCUUGACGCUCUGGUCGCUGCUUGUAUCUACAUUGCUUGUCGCCAAGAAAGCAAACCACGGACUGUAAAAGAAAUAUGCUCAAUUGCCAAUGGAGCUAGUAAGAAGGAAAUUGGCCGAGCGAAAGAAUUCAUUGUCAAACAAUUGAAGGUUGAAAUGGGAGAAUCAAUGGAGAUGGGAACUAUACACGCUGGGGACUAUCUGAGACGUUUUUGUUCUAACCUCGGUAUGAACCAUGAAGAAAUUAAGGUAGUCCAAGAAACUGUUCAGAAGGCAGAGGAGUUUGAUAUAAGGAGGAGUCCUAUAUCAAUUGCUGCUGCAAUAAUAUACAUGGUAACUCAACUUUCAGAUUCGAAGAAACCCGUUCUGCGAGCAGAUAUCUCAAUUGCAACCACAGUUGCAGAAGGGACUAUCAAGAAUGCGUACAAGGAUCUUUAUCCUCAUGCUUCCAAAAUAAUACCAGAAUGGUAUGUCAAAGAUAAGGACCUUAAGAACCUGUGCAGUCCAAAGGCAUAGGAGUAACUUAGUCGUUGAGCUAUAUGAAUCUGCUAUAGGGCCUUGAGUCUGUAAGAAGUCAAAUUGAGAAAACAUCAGAUGACGGAGUUUUGGCUACCCGUCUUCUGGAUUCAUAUAAAGGCACCGUAGGUCAUGUAGGCCCGGAGUAAUCCAAAAUUUAUUUUCCAUCUUUCUUUACCCCAACACAGAUAGGUUAUUCCAUUUUUUGAAUGUUAUUGAGCAAUCACAGAUUCCAUAGGCCAUAUUUCGAGUUUUUUUUAUGGCUAAACAGUCAUGCGAAGCGAAAUAUUCUCUUCUUCGACAAGAUAAUUCAUUUGGUGAGAAACUUUCUUUUUCGAAACUAUGUUGCUGUUCUUCGUUUCUUGUAUUGAAAUGUUUUCAUUGGUGA